CUUCCUCCAUCAACUAAGCUACUAGCAACCUGCCGACCUCUCUACCAUAGAUUCCUGACUACUAUUCCGUACCGCAGCCUCUCUGCCGAGAUGGACUAAAUCACUGCUGAGAUGGAUCAGAACACCCACGAUGACAUCCCCGCGAUGGCCCCUGACACCCCCGCCAAGGAUCAGAACAACCCCGCCAGGGGUCAGAACACCCCCGCGAUCUCCUUCGGCAACGACAAUAAAGGCCUGCAGGUUGGGCAAAGCUAUGCCCCAAUCACGGCCCAGAUCCAUCUCCCACCUGAACGACCAGAAACCCCGCCAAAGCCGUCGUCGACGAUCCCCUUCCGCCGUGACCGUGAUUUCAUCAAUCGCGGAGACCUCCUCGAGAAGAUCCAUCAGCUAUGCUCCAUACCAGCCGGUCGUGCGGCUCUCGUGGGCUUGGGCGGCGUUGGCAAAUCCCAGCUCGCGAUCGAAUAUGCCCACCGAAUAAGAGAAAGCGCAGGCGACCUUGAACCAAGCAAAUCCUGGGUAUUCUGGAUCCACGCCAAUACCGCCGCGCGCGUCCAAGAAGGCUUCAAGGCAAUUGCCGACGCGGCCAAAGUUCGCGGCCGGAACGAGCCAAAGGCGGACAUAUUGCAGCUGGUCUACCGCUGGCUGUGCAACGAAGGAAAUGGGAGGUGGUACAUUAUACUUGACAGCGCCGACGAUCUCGACGUCUUUUGCGACGCCAAGGUCACUGCCAGUGGCCAAGCCCUGUCGACGUAUCUGCCACAGAGCCAGAACGGGUCGAUCCUCAUCACCACGCGUUACAAGGAGGUGGCCUGGAAGCUGGCCGGAGAUAACAGAAGCAUCAUUGAAGUUGGGGCGAUGACGCAGACCGAUGCCCUUUCGCUCCUGGAGAAAAAGCUAGGGGCCCAGCCGGCCACGGACGCGGCGGUGGAGCUCGUGGCAGAGCUCGACGGGAUGCCACUGGCCAUCAGCCAAGCAGCAGCUUACAUCCAGCAGGCGAAACCACGGAGCUCGGUGGAGAAAUACCUGGAGAAAUUCCGCAAAAGCGAGCGCUGGAAAAGUUCCCUUCUCCAGCAUGAGGUGGAAGACCUGCGGAGGGACGGAUACGUGUCGAACUCGAUCCUCAAGACGUGGCACAUCUCUUUUGACCACAUCCGCUCCAAGCGGCCAUCCGCGGCAGACCUGCUCUCACUCAUGAGCUUCUUUGACCGGCAGGGUAUCCCGGAGUGGCUGUUGAAGCCUCCCGAAAAGGAUGAUCGGCAGGAGGGUGGCAACAACAGCAGCGGCGACCGUGGCCAAGGCUCGGCCGAGGGCGACGAGAGCGACACCAGCGCAGACGUGGCUUUCGAGAUGGCCUUCGACGAAGACGUACUGACACUGAGGAACUACUCUCUGGUCAUCACCACCAACGAGGACGGGGACGUCUUCGAGAUGCACCGCCUGGUGCAGCUGUCGACGAGAACCUGGCUCAAAGCCUCCGGUCUCCUGGAGAGAUUCAAGCGGCUGUACAUUGCGCGGAUGCAGGCGUUUCCGGAGCCGGACUAUAGCAAUUGGAAGACCUGCCAGCAGCUGUUCCCCCACAUCGAAACGGCUGCCAACAAUCGGCCGACUGACGAGGAGUCGUGUCUAAAAUGGACCUCUAUCCUCUACUAUGGCGGAUGGUAUGCGCAAACGCAGGGCAGAUAUGACUUGGCGGGUGAGAUGUUGAAGAAGGCAAUGGCAACUCAAGAAACGAUUCUUGGUAAAGGACAUGAGUCAACGCUGGCUGCUGUAUCUGCAUACGCGAGGGUCCUGAGUGACAAAGGGUUGUAUAAAGAGGCGGAGGUACUUGCUACGCAGGUGCUAGAGGGAACAACGAAGGUGUUAGGAGUGGAGCAUCCUGAGACACUGACGAGCAUGAACAACCUAGCGUUAACCUAUCAGGACCAAGGCCGAUGGGAUGAGGCUGAGAAGCUAGAGCUGCAGGUCUUGGAGAUAAGGAAGAAGGUGCUUGGCAUUGAUCAUCCAUACACACUGACUAGCAUGAACAACCUAGCGUCAACCUACUGGAAGCAAGGCCGAUGGGAUGAGGCUGAGAAGCUAGAUGUGCAGGUCUUGGAGAUCAGGAAGAGGGUGCUUGGCAUUGAUCAUCCAGACAUACUGACUAGCAUGAACAACCUAGCGUUAACCUACUGGAACCAAGGCCGAUGGAAUGAGGCUGAGAAGCUAGAGGUGCAGGUCUUGGAGAUAGGGAAGAGGGUGCUUGGCAUUGAUCAUCCAGACAUACUGACUAGCAUGAAUAACCUAGCGUCAACCUACUGGAACCAAGGUCGAUGGGAUGAGGCUGAGAAGCUAAAAGUGCAGGUCUUGGAGAUCAGGAAGAGAAUGCAUGGCAUUGAUCAUCCAUACACACUGACUAGCAUGAACAACCUAGCGUCAACCUACUGGAAGCAAGGCCGAUGGGAUGAGGCUGAGAAGCUAGAUGUGCAGGUCUUGGAGAUCAGGAAGAGAAUGCUUGGCAUUGAUCAUCCAUACACACUGACUAGCAUGAGUAACCUAGCAGUAACCUGGUAUUAUCAGGGGCGUUGUCAAGUUGCUAUCGACAUGAUGGAGGAUUGUUUUGAGGGCCUGCAGAAAACACUAGGUCAGAACCACGCUCACACAGAAAAUUCGCUGGCAUUUCUCCACCAUUGGAAGGCUGAAGAGAAGGGAAAACAGAACCCCUAGGACCGUGUAUAAUGGUCUUGUCUAUAUUGCAUAGUAUAUUGCUAACUAAAUGCGAUGCCAGCAGCGCAGCUUUGGAUAAAUACCUGGAUCCCUUCUAGCCCCAAUUUACCAAGUCCCAUAUGGGCAAUGGGCUACAAA